UGCAUCUGGCCUUUGCACCGACUCCUGGGGAACUAGGACCAAGCCCCCCACCGCAAGCCUCCUCCAUCCUCCUAAGGAUGGCCCAGAAGGAGAACGCCCACCCCUGGCUCUUUGGCCCCCAGACGACUCACCCUGGCCUGAGCACCCUGCCUCAGAGAGUCCUCCGGAAGGAAGCUACCACCCCAUCUGCACUCGUCCUCAUGAGCCGCUCCAAUGCUUAUCCCACAGCUUUCCCAGGCCAGAAGAAGGUGGAGGAGAACAGCACUGGAACAUCCAACUUGUCAACGCGCUCCUUUACCAUUGACAACUUUGAGAUCGGGCGGCCCCUUGGCAAAGGCAAGUUUGGCAACGUUUACUUGGCUCGAGAGAAGAAAAGCCAUUUCAUCGUGGCGCUCAAAGUCCUCUUCAAGUCUCAGAUAGAGAAGGAAGGUGUGGAGCAUCAGCUGCGCAGGGAGAUCGAGAUCCAAGCCCAUUUGCAGCAUCCCAACAUCUUGCGUCUCUACAACUACUUCUAUGACCGCCGAAGGAUUUACUUGAUCCUGGAGUACGCACCCCGGGGGGAACUCUACAAGGAGCUACAGAAAAGCCGAACUUUUGAUGAGCAACGAACAGCCACGAUCAUGGAGGAGCUGGCGGACGCUCUGAUCUACUGCCAUGGGAAGAAGGUAAUCCACAGAGACAUCAAGCCAGAGAAUCUCCUCUUGGGGCUUCAGGGCGAGCUCAAGAUUGCUGACUUUGGCUGGUCUGUGCACGCUCCUUCCCUGAGGAGGAAGACCAUGUGUGGCACCCUGGACUAUCUCCCCCCAGAGAUGAUUGAGGGGCACACACACAAUGAGAAGGUGGAUCUGUGGUGCAUUGGAGUCCUCUGCUAUGAGCUGCUGGUGGGAAACCCACCCUUCGAGAGUGCUUCACACAAUGAGACAUAUCGACGGAUUGUCAAGGUGGAUUUGAAGUUCCCUCCUUCCGUACCUGUGGGAGCCCAGGACCUCAUCUCCAAGCUUCUCAAGCAUAAUCCCUCCGAUCGGAUGUCAUUGGCCCAGGUCUUAGCACACCCUUGGGUCAAAGCCCAUUCUCGGAGGGUGCUGCCUCCUUCUGCCCAGACUGUUCCUUGA